AUGACGGUUCUAUUCGAUCAAUUCUGCGAUCUCGUUGAAAGAGGAAGAAAAGCAGGAAAGUCAGUGCUGGUUUGCAGCGCCAAAGGAAGAAAUAGAGCGCCUGCAUUUUGUGCAGCGUACUUGAUCAGCAAAGAGAAGAUGAGUCGUCAGCAAGCUGUGGCUAAGGUCAUGGAACAG